UAGUGAUGACACCACCGUGCCACAAUACUAUAUAUGACUCCAGAGUCGAUCUCCUCAAAAUGUUUGGUAGGUUAAAGUUCAUAUUCCAGUAAAAUGUACUUCACUAGAAAGACAUUUGGGGAAGGAUUAAUGAUUAGGUCGAUCUAUUCAAUAGAGGUAAGGGCUCCUGGAAUGAAUGUUCUGAAGGUGCCAUUGCUUGAACCUUCGACUUUGACUGAUGGUGUGGGCCUGUGGGGAUGGACUGGCGCUGCCUUGGACGAGGGGGAGGAAGCCGCGGAGUGGUUCACCAAGUUUCUUGGCCAACCUCGAAGGCUAGUGCGCUUUCACGAAGCAUCACAGAAUCGGCCUGCAUUCCCCAAAUAUGCUGCGGGCCACAAACUUAAGUUCCAAGAUGCCUAUGCGCUUCUUCUAGCAUCCCAGGAAUCACUUGAUGCUUUGAAUGAGCGGUUAGAGGAGCCUGUGCAGAUCACUAGAUUUAGACCCAACAUUGUCGUUAAUGGAUGUGCAUCAUUUGCUGAAGAUCUAUGGAAAAAGGUCAAGAUAAACGGAUUAAAAUUUAACUCUACACAACUUUGUGAACGUUGUAAGGUACCCAGAAUUAAUCAAGAAACGGCAGAACUUGGCUCAGAGCCAACUCAAACAAUGAGAAAAUUCCGCUCAACCGAGAUCUUGAAUCCAGAUAAAAAAUCAGAUGGAAAGGUAUAUUUCGGACACUGGUUUAUUUGUGACGAUCACAAUGCUAAAGCUAAAAGUAAAACAAUUAAAGUGGGAGAUCCAGUUUAUGUCCUAAAGAAGCUGUCCUCCUAUGAAGAUGUUGUGUUUUGAACUUCAAUACCUUUGACUAAUAAAUGAGAUCCAUUUUACAUGUAGUAUGACUUCAGAUUUGCCAUUAAUAAACUGUUCUCCCUUUGUUUUUUUGUGGUUUUCUUAAAUUGGCUCUUCAGAUCUGUGUUAAGAGAACCGGACAGGACCGGGCGGUUGGACCCGGAACCCGGCCCAAUGACCGGUCUGGUUGAGGGUAAACCUGCAAACAAGCCUAAGGGAGUGUUUGCGAUUGCUUGUGCUUUUUAAAAGUGAUUUUUUUAAGAGAUUAUUGAAAAAGUGAUUUAUAGUGAAAGUAGGUAGUGUUUGGGAAUAGAAGUGAUUUUAGUUAAAAUGUAAAAGUUGGAGUAUUUGAUAAAAAAGUGAUUUUAGAUGUAAUAUUUUGUUGAAGUACAAUAAUACCCUUAAGUAUUUAUUAAAUUAAAAAAACGGAGUACUCUGUUAUCACCUUUCAAAUUGAAGUUCCGAAAUUUCAUGAAGAAACCCUUAGAUGACGGUGCAAGCCAGUCUUUUGAUGUCCUUGCAAAUCUCCCCUGCGAUUGGCAUCUCCCUCGAUUUUCAUUGCUAUAUACGUAUAUAAUAUAUGUAGUUUUUUUUUAAAGAAUUAAUAUCUAAUAUUGUUGAAGACCUUGGAAAUCCGCAAAAGCACAUGCCAAAGGGGUUACGAGAAGUUGGAAAUCGCAAAAGUCAUUUUUUCUUGUUUAUGUUCUUGAGCAGGUUUUUCAACAAUGGCGAAAGAGGUUACGAGAAGUUGGAGAGAUACGAAAGGAAUAAAGGGUAUCUUGGGGUGAGCUAGAUAAAUUGUUCAUUAUAAUCAUCCUCAAAGUUUGGUUUUUUUACAUAAAUACCUAGAAGCACUUAGAAGUUGGUAUAUACCAGCUUACAACUUUUAGCUUUAAAGUGCUUUUUUUAAUUAGAAGUUGUUAGUUACAAACACCAUUUUCUGCUUUUUUUAAGUUAAAAGCCACAAAGUGCUUUUUUAAGCCCAUGCAAACACUCCCUAAAACCGGAAAUAACCGCCCGCCCGCCCAAACCCGG